AUGGGGCCCGCAGAUAGCAGCAGGUGUCUGCGAGCUCAGACCAACAAAACCCACUCUCCAGGAGACAGCCAAGGAUUCCAAGAGAAGCAACCCUUUUGCACUCCAAAGGUUCAGAGGCACCAUGAGCAAGGGGCUUCCAAGUUUUCGCCAGGUGUGAGACACAAAGCCACUGACCCCAAGCCAAGUAUGCGGCAGCAACCUUCCUUAAUCCAGACACUUGUCAUCUCGGAUUUAAACUUGACCCUGUCUGCCCCUGCUGCACGUGGGAGAAAGCGUCCCUGUACGAAGCGUCACCUGCUGCUGAGUGACCACUUACCAUCUUAUCUUCACAAGGCUGAGUCCAGGUCCAGUGAUCAGAGUGAGCGGCAAGACAAGGACUCCAGUUCCCAGGUGGGUCACAUCCACGCUCACUCAGAAUCUUCUGUUUCUGCAGCGGCCCAAGACAGCAGCGUCCCGGCCUCCAACUCCGCCACCUUGGAAGCUGUCUCUGAGCUGAGGUCCUGGAAGAAGAGGGGCCAGGAGAGGAACAUCUGGACGGUCAAUCAUGUUGAGGGAAUGAAACUCAGGAUGAACAAGAGGAGAAGACCCAGUUACCGUCCUGAAGACCAAGAAGCAUUCUACCGACUUCUGGAGGACCCUGUGAUCCAGAGCUUCUUGGAAGCUGACAUUUUCCUCAAAGUAUCUGAUAAGUACCUGCUUUCCAUGGUGGUGGAGUACUUCGGCCGUGUCGGGCUGCCCGGCCACCUCUACAACAGGAUCCACUUCUUCCUGGCCCUCUACAUUGCGUCUGACAUGGAGGAGGACAACCCCACAUCCAAACGGAGCAUCUUCCAGUUCCUGCUGGGCAGGGAGCACUGGCCAGCGCUCUACAAGGAGUUCCUGAAGUUGAAGGUGGAGUUCUUCCAUGCAAUGGGGCACCGUGCCUGGGUCACCCCGGAAUUGUGUGAGGAGAUCCAGGCCCAGAACCCGCAUCACUGGGUCUGGAGUCGGGAGCGCCAGUGCGCCCCUUAG